ACAGCUGCUGUCAUGUGAUAGCUCGACCGAGGAGCUGCUGUUGACAGUAGCUUCCCUACCUUUGGAUGAGGCUAACACAUAACCGCGCAGGAAAGAAGUUUUAUGUUUGUUGGAGAGGAUAAAACACGGCUCCAUUUCUGACGGAGAACAGGGAAGCUGGGGUUGUGUAGCUUCGACCCUCGGACGCUGCCAUGGGUUGCUGUUACAGCAGCGAGAACGAGACCACAGAGCAGGACCCUGAUGAACGUAAGCCACUGAUCCCCCACCCGAACCCUGUCAGCAAACCUCCAAAUGGGACAGACUGGAUCACUACCAAUGUCCCAUCAGCACGGACAGAUGAACAGGCCCUCCUCACAUCCAUCCUCCACAAGACAGCACAGAACAUCAUUGAUGUCUCAGCAGCUGACUCUGUCAUGAUGGAGCAGCAUGAAUACAUGGACAAAGCUCGGCAAUACAGUACGAAGCUCGCUGUGUUGAGUAACAGUCUGCCCCAGAAGAAAGCCCUUGCUCUCCCCUCCCUCACCAGCCAGCCCCACCAAGUGCUUGCGAGUGACCUGGUGCCAUACUCAGAUGUACAGCAGGUGUCCAAGAUAGCAGCUUAUGCUUACAGUGCAAUCUCUCAAAUCAAAGUGGAUGCUAAAGAAGAACUGGUCGUCCAGUUUGCCAUUCCCUGAUUCUGCAACUCUGGCCUACAUAUUGUUCCUCCCAUCCCGCUCUUUCUGUGUCACUCCUGCAUCCUCACCCUCCAGCCCACCCUUUAUUAAAGCAUAUUGGUCCUUGUGCUUCUUAGCUAUGCCUCUAACUGCUACAAAGACAGAGACAAUGUAGGUUUGCACCAUAUGGCUGUCCACUAGUGUACUUAAUUAUGGGUCAGUGACAAAUUGUCAUCAUGGAAGAUGGUUUCCUGUAGAUGGGCACUGGGGUACGAUCUCAUAUUUACAACAACCAGGCCUUCACUGUAUGUAAUGUGUAGAUCAGAGGCUUUGUCAGAACCAGCUGUGGAAAAAUCAUUGUUCAUUCUUCUUUGUGAUUUCUCUUAACGGUUGUCUCAGUUUCUUUAUUUUGUUAGUUUACCUAGCCUGUACUUAAGCAAGGCUAGCUCUACACCCCAGACUGUUAUCAGGAGGCAUGGAAGAAUGCACAGUAUAUUCACCUUUGGCAGAGCUGUAGGAUUUUUGGCACAAGGCAUUGGAUUUUGCUGUAUUUACUUACAUACAAUCUCUACUGGAAUAAGAGAAAUGAUUCAUCUCACUGGCAUGGAAUAACCAAAAUUAUCACUGUACCAUAUGUGCAAGUUCAGUGGUUGAGUAGUUUAACCAUUUAUCUGGAUUAAAAAAAACUUGCAACGGGGCUUAAAGAUUGCACUUUGUGUGUCUUUAACUCUGUUCUGACACUGCCCAUUCCCCAGUGUUUCUCCUUGCACAGCAAGAAAUAUGUAAAGAUGAGAAUCAAAGAAAAGAAUAUGUUUUCUGUUAAGAUAAAGUUGUCAUUAUAAUUUAAAGGGUUGUAAUGAUGUAUGCUGGCAAGAUCUAGGUAUCAAACAUCCUACAGUAAUCUGGUGUCCCUCUGCAUCAACAUGAAUCAGUGAACUAACCUGAUUUGAGUAAAUUUCAUUUGACAUUUUUAGCUGUAAUAAUGUUUAAAAACUGACAGUGAAACAGGUUGGUAAUUUGUUGUCCAGGGUGUGAUCUGUUAUUUUAGUUGAGUGACCUGUCCAUGGUUGGUGUCCUGUGGUGGGUGAGGAUGCAAACACAAGCUGGGUGGGUGCUGGGUGGGCCUACUAAUGUCACAAGGGGGCGGGAACGGCUGGAGCUUUCUUGGGGCACAAGUUCUCAAGUUUACAGACAGUAAUUUGUCCUCUGCAGUUUUCUAGCACUAAAAUAAUGAGCUGGCAGACUCUUUAAAUCCCAGACCUUCACAUAUUUAAUAGCAGUGGAGACAUACAGAGAUGAAGGAGUUGGGUGUGUAGAGGGUGCAGGGACAGAUAUCGUGUAUUCAUGCCUUCUUUGUACAGAAUUUUCUGAUUGAAUAUAAAAACAGAUGAUGGAUUGUAUGAAGUUCUUCUUUUUGUAGAGAGUUCAUUGGCCAGGAUUGGCUAAAGUCUUGUGGUGAUUACAAAUGUUUUUAUGAAACACGAACACUUUUAAGGCCUGCAAAGCUUUUCGCUGCAGAUUGUAAUAUGAUUGAGUUGUUCAUAUUAAUCAGAAACUAACCAUUGUAGCAGUGUGGGGGAGUUGGGAGGGGGGGCGUUAACAAUCUAUGUACUACAGCAGAUAAAAUGAUCCGAAACCUUUUUGUGAUUAUUUAUUUGUGUUUUAAAUGUAUAUUUGCUCUUCACAGGAGAGCACAGGAGAGCACAUGACUAUGCGUGGGCAGUGAGCAUGGUGAGCUGCUCUUCAGUCUCUAAAGGGAUGAUCUGCCAGGCUGUGAUUAUUUCAACCACGCAAUUGAUUUGAGCUUUUUGCAAGGGGUUCUUGGCAUUUUUUUCAGUUUUGUUUGUUACUCAAAUGUGUAAUACUACCUGAAAUAUGUUUGUAAUAUCUUAGGCUAGUACCAAAAAGUUUUAAGAUUUUUUUUUUUCUUUUUGUUUGUUUUGUUUUUUUUUUUGGUUUAAUUAAUUC